GAGUAUUUGCAGACGGCAUCACCACCACAUACAUGGUCCUAAGAACCCGGAAACCCAUGGCCAAUCACAUGGCAUCAUGCCCCUGACAGCCGGGGAAGACGACGCUCUCCCAGCGCUGCCCGAGAUCUCGCCGACCGAUGGCAUCCACUCCCCCAGUCGUCCCCACCCCGCCCGCUUUCUACAUAUCCCGCCGGCCGGCCGAUCACGCACCGCCGCCUGCUCAUGUGCGCGGCGCGAGGCUCGAGCCGCCCAAAAAGAGAGCCCGAGCCAAGCAACCCAUAGAUUAUUUUUUUCUUUUCCCACCAAGUGUUGGGGAUCGACAAGCUUGUACUCUCUGGUAGUAGCUUGCAUUGGCAGCUCUGCGCCACCAUGGCAGUGCGAGUGCUUCCGCCUCCGGUGUUCUUGCUAGCUCUGCUGCUGGCGCUGGUUGCUUCGGUCGCCCAUGGCGGCGACGGCAAGCUCAGGGUUGGGUUCUACAAGGAUUCGUGCCCGGACGCCGAGGCGAUCGUCCGCAGGAUCGUCGCCAGGGCCGUCCGCGAGGAUCCCACGGCCAACGCGCCGCUGCUGAGGCUCCACUUCCACGACUGCUUCGUCAGGGGCUGCGAGGGGUCGGUGCUCCUCAACUCCACCAAAGGGAGCACGGCGGAGAAGGACGCCAAGCCCAACCACACGCUGGACGCUUUCGACAUCAUCGACGACAUCAAGGCGGCGCUGGAGAAGGAGUGCCCCGGCAAAGUCUCCUGCGCCGACAUCCUCGCCAUCGCCGCCAGGGACGCCGUCUCGCUGGCUACGAAGGUGGUGACCAAGGGGGAGUGGAGCAAGGACGGCAACCUGUACGAGGUGGAGACCGGCAGGCGGGACGGCCGCGUCUCCAGCGCCAAGGAGGCCGUCAAGAACUUGCCCGACUCCUUCGAUGGAAUCCGGAAGCUCAUCAAGAGGUUUGCAUCCAAGAACCUCAGCCUCAAGGAUCUGGCCGUUCUGUCAGGUGCCCACGCGAUCGGCAAGUCGCACUGCCCGUCGAUCGCCAAGCGGCUGCGCAACUUCACGGCGCACCACGACAGCGACCCGACCCUGGACACGGCGUACGCCGACCGGCUGCGGCGGCGGUGCCGGAGCCCCCGGGACAGGACGACGGAGCUGGAGAUGGUGCCGGGGAGCUCGGAGACCUUCGACGCGGCGUACUACGGCCUCGUCGCCAAGCGGCGGGGCCUCUUCCACUCCGACGAGGCCCUGCUCAGGAACGACGUCACCCGGGGGCUCGUGCUCCGGUACCGGGACUCGGAGGAGACCUUCCUCAGGGACUUCGGGGCGUCCAUGGUGAACAUGGGCAGGGUGGCCGUGCUCACCGGCAGCCAGGGGGAGAUCAGGAAGACGUGCGCCUUUGUCAAUUAGCUACUCCGUUUGCCUGUGCGUUGGUGUGUUUGCUGUAGUUUCGAAAAUCUUCCGUUUUAUACAGAUUUAGGGAUCAUUGUUUAGGUUCUGUGAUGAUUGUGAACGUUUGGGUUGAUGUCAUCUGUAAGCUGUAACUGUGUGACUUUGGUGGAAUGUGAUAACAUGUUCCAUAUUGUGGACACAAGCAGAAGACUAGCUUUGACCCUGCCCGAGAAAGGGAUGCUUGUUUUCCC